UUCCAGUUUAUACUGUUGUUAAUGCUGUUUUCUCUUUCAGAUCCUGUGGAACAGAUGAUGGCCAUGUUUGGGUACUAACAACCACCUAUAUCUGUAUAGAAAUUUGAAAAUGGCAGAGGGAAACAACAAAGAGGAGGUCAUUCACUUGAACAACUUUCACUGCCACCGGGGAGAGGAAUGGAUGAGUGUCAGAGAUGGGACCAUCACCAUAUCUGACUCUUCUGAUGAGGAAGGAAUUCCAAUGCUGGUUACCCCAGCUACUGAGCAACAUGAAGAUGAUGACCUGGAUGAUGAUGUCAUACUGACAGAAAAACAUAAACCUCAGACAUCCAGACCCAAUCUCAUCAAACCAGCUGCCCAGUGGCAAGAUCUGAACAGAUUGGGAGAAGAAAGGCCUAGAAAGUCUAGAGCAGACUGUGAAGCAGAGACCCACAGCUCUUUUUCCUUUUGUAACAACUCACUGUUUGGUUCUGGGGAACAGGAUGACUCUGAGGAUGAAUAUGGUGAAUUUCUGGAUCUUGAGAGUGGCACAAAAGGAGAAGCCAAACCUGGACCAAGCAAUAAGCAGACAGCAAACAACACUGUCAACCCCAAUUUGGAUCAGAAAGUCCUUAUAUUGGGAGAAAAUGACCUUCUUUUCCCAGAAAGUGAGCCUUUGGAAGCUCAGAACCAAUCAUAUGAAGACUCAGAGACAGAUCUCUUGUCAAAUCCUGGAGAGCCAGCUACUUCAGUGGAUGACCAGGUAAUUGAAGAAGAGUACUGGCUUGACCAUCCAUACUUCCAGGCUCUGAAUCCACAGCCUCAGGAGAGAACAAACCAGGUUGUGCCCCAAGAGCGGCAUUCUGAAGCAGAAAUGGGCCCAUUGUUCUUGCGCCAUGAUUUCCCAGAGCCCGCUUUUCCAAGGCCAGAACCCCAGCAAGAGGGGAUUCCAGGCCCUGCUUCUCCUCAGCUGGCCCAUCCUCUGGGAGAACUUGAAGAUCAGCAGUUAGCAAUUGAUGAAGACCCUGGGCCAGCUUUCCCUCUGCCAGGAUCUCAGCAGGCCAAUUUGGAGAACAUGUGGGGACAAGAAGCUGCUCAAGUAGAUCAAGAACUCGUUACACUAUUAGUAAAAGAAACAGAAGCAAGAUUUCCAGAUGUAGCAAAGGGUUAUGUUAAAGAGAUAAUUCAUUUGAAGAAUUACUAUGAUUUGAAUGUACUUUGUAAUUUUCUUCUGGAAAACCCAGAUUAUCCAAAGAGAGAAGACCGAAUUAUUAUCCACCCCAGCAGCAGCCUGCUUGCAAGCCAGGAUGAUAUGAAGUUGCCUAAAGUUGACUUUUUUGACUAUUCCAAACUGACUCCACUUGACCAGCGAUGCUUCAUCCAAGCUGCUGACCUCUUGAUGGCUGAUUUCAAGAUGCUCAGCAGCCAAGACAUCAAGUGGGCCCUACAUGAGCUCAAAGGACACUAUGCAAUCACCCGAAAGGCCUUUUCUGAUGCUAUUAAAAAAUGGCAGGAGCUAUCACCUGAAGCCAGUGGAAAACGGAAAAAGAGGAAAGAAAUGAAUCAGUAUUCUUUCAUAGAUUUCAAAUUUGAACAAGGUAACAUAAAAAUAGAAAAGAGGAUGUUCUUUCUGGAAAACAAGCGUCGACACUGUAGAUCCUAUGACCAGCAAGCCCUCCUUCCAGCUGUGCAGCAAGAGCAGGAAUUCUAUGAUCAGAAAGUCAAAGAGAUGGCAGAGCAUGAAGACUUUUUGCUUGCCCUGCAGAUGAAUGAAGAACAGUAUCAAAAGGAUGGACAGCUGAUUGAGUGUCGAUGUUGCUAUGGGGAGUUUCCAUUUGAGGAGCUGACACAGUGUGCUGAUGCUCACUUGUUCUGCAAAGAAUGUCUCAUCAGAUAUGCCCAAGAGGCAGUGUUUGGGGCUGGAAAGUCAGAACUGAGCUGCAUGGAAGGCAGCUGCACGUGUUCCUUCCCAACCAGUGAACUGGAGAAGGUGCUCCCCCAGACCAUUCUGUACAAAUACUAUGAACGGAAAGCUGAAGAAGAAGUCACUGCAGCCUAUGCUGAUGAGCUUGUCCGGUGCCCCUCGUGUAGCUUCCCUGCUCUGUUGGACAGUGAUGUGAAGAGGUUCAGCUGCCCUAAUCCUCGAUGCCGGAAAGAGACCUGUAGGAAGUGUCAGGGACUCUGGAAAGAGCAUAAUGGCCUCACCUGUGAAGAGCUGGCUGAAAAGGAUGACAUCAAGUACCGGACAUCUAUUGAAGAAAAAAUGACUGCUGCUCGAAUUAGAAAAUGCCACAAGUGUGGGACUGGCCUCAUCAAAUCUGAAGGCUGCAACCGCAUGUCUUGCCGCUGUGGUGCCCAGAUGUGCUACCUCUGUCGAGUUUCUAUCAAUGGCUAUGACCAUUUCUGCCAGCAUCCUCGCUCUCCAGGAGCCCCUUGCCAGGAAUGUUCCAGGUGCUCCCUCUGGACCGACCCAACUGAAGAUGAUGAAAAGCUGAUUGAGGAAAUCCAAAAGGAGGCUGAAGAGGAACAGAAAAGGAAGAAUGGAGAGAACACAUUCAAACGCAUCGGCCCCCCACUGGAGAAGCCAGCCGAGAAAGUACAGCGUGUGGAAGCUCUGCCACGGCCUGUCCCACAGAACCUGCACCCCCACAUGCCACCCUAUGCCUUUGUGCACCCACCUUUUCCCCUGGCACCUGUGCGGCCCGUGUUCAACAACUUCCCCAUCAACAUAGGUCCUGUGCCAGCACCCUACGUACCCCCUCUACCCAAUGUGCGAGUCAACUACGACUUUGGCCAUGUGCAUGUCCCCCUGGAACAUAACCUGCCCAUGCACUUUGGCCCCCAGCCACGGCAUCGCUUCUGACACCCAAAGCCCUGUCCAGCCACACUGGACCCGGUCUGCAGGAGGACCCAGUCUCACCUUAGUAUGGGUGGAGUCUUGGCUUCCCUCUUGAUGGUGGGCCGGUGUCCUUCUGUUCUUCCCUUUGCAAGGUCCACUGAUCCUUCAGGUCUGAUACCCUUUGGGUGCUGACUGACUGUCACUGGGCCAAUGUUAGGGCAGCUCCCUGGUUGUGCCAUCUUAGCAGCCGGUGCAAUGGCCCAGACCAUGAAGCUCAGGCCUUUUAGUCAUUUGCCAUGUUCCCUCCCCAGCAUACCAUUAAAACCCCAAGGGAAGUGGCCUAGCAUCCCCCAGGCCAGGCCUCUCUCCCCUUGUGGGCCAAGGCCUACUCAGGUUCAAGGGCCUCCAAGACUCGUCUGUGGCACUAGUUCUGUUCUGUUAUCAAUGUAGCUUCUCCUGUUCACAUAGUUUGACCUGAAGUUGUUUGUGGGCUACUCAAGUUUGUCCCCCAUCCUUGAAAAGUUGGGUUGAAAGUAUUUCCCCAGGGUUGGCAACUGCUGAGAGCCAAUCAUCCUAACACUUGACAUUAGACAAAAGGGCCUUUUUGCAAAGUUGUCACUUACUCCUGGGCUACCACUUUUCUGGGGGAGACCUCACUUGUCACCAACCUGGGAUGAGCCACAUCUCCUCUAAGGUGUUUUGGGUGUCCCUAGGGGUGCAGAUGGCCUCCUGGGGCUGCUGCAUCUGUUACAGCAACCCUCCUGCCUGCUUACCUGUUCCCUCAUUAGUUAGCAAUGGAAGCAAGCAGAGGCUGAGGCCCCAGCUCCCUAAAGUCAGAAUGUUCCUGCCAUGCUCCCACUGCCUAUAAUCCCCUCCUGUCCACACCAGGUCUCUGUAUCCCUCUAACCUGUUUGUGGAACAGGACUGGAGACAGAUGGGUUUCUCAGUUGUAUCAGCUAUCCUUGUGCUCCGAUUGCUGUGGGGUGCCCCAGGGUCACAGAGUAUACAGACUUGGAAGUGAGAUGUCCCUGGGGAGGUGCCCAUGGUCACCUGAGUGGGUGGGGCACACAGCGGUGCCUCGGGAGCUCUGCUGUGGGUCACUUGAACUGUGCUACUAGUCUGAAUGACAGUGCCUUGGAAAGAUGGGCCACAUGCUGCAUGACAGGAUCCUCCAAGUACCUUAACUAUUAGCGUAUUUGUGUUCCCUGCAUUUCUCCAGAGGCCUCACGGGUGGGUGGUUAUUCCAAGCACUGCCCCUGCAAGCCUCAUGAGCCGCUGGACUGGACACCCAGUUCUGUGUCCACCCAGUACCCCUAUCACGUAACUCCACAAAGAGGCCAGGUGAACCUGGAAGUUUCUGGAGUUGCUGGAAGAACAGGUGCCACCUAGACCUUGGCCCUCAGCAAAUGAAGUCAGGGUCAUAUCCUUGGAAAUAUAGUCUGUAUGUGGCUGCAGGGCAGGCAGUUGCUACUGCCCAUCUCCAUCAAGGCAUCUUGUCCUCAGUGGCCCUCCCAGUACCUGUGUGCCAGCAGGGAUCCCCAAGACAGCUGGCACGCUAACCUCUGGGGCCCAGGCUGCUUCCUGGUCUGAGAAACUGCCUAGCCACUCCCGGUGUAUUUGCCUUAAAACUGGAGAGAAUCUAGUAUUUGCACUUAGCAAAAGAUUUCAAAGUUAAAAGUGCAUGAUCUCACUUUGUACAAAAGAGAAAAAAAAAAUGAAGUAGAUGGUUAAGUGUUUUUCUUUACCUUUUGGUAGUAAAAAUAGAGAACCAAGUCUGUUUAAACUACUGUGUAAAAAGACUGUAUCAUAUGUAACUUGAAUUUUGUGUAAAUAAAUGUUUGUGAACACUU